ACGAUAGGCUAACUCAACGCCCCUCCGUUCACUCCCUCACUCACGAAUUCAACAUUCCAAAGGCCGGGUCUCGCCUCACCUCUUCCUCGACACUGCUCUUCGGUAAGUCCAUAGCGCCCCGCUGUCCUGGCAAAUAUUCGAGUCAUCAGACAUCACCAAUCAACGUCAAAAUGUUCGCCUGCACUCGAUUUAUUGCCCCAGUCGCCAGGUCGGCUAUUGUCGCUAGUAGCAAAACCUACUUGCGUCCCCUCAGCAGUGCUGUGAUCAGCCAAAGCCAGAGCCUCCAAGAGAGCCAAAGACAGACUCCAGUAUGUUUGUCGCCAGUCAUCCGCAACUUCCAGACCUCAGCUGUCAGCCGUGACAUUGACUCGGCUGCCAAAUUCAUUGGCGCUGGCGCUGCCACAGUUGGAGUCGCUGGAUCUGGUGCUGGAAUUGGAUCGGUAUUCGGCUCACUGAUCAUCGGUUAUGCCAGGAAUCCAUCCCUGAAGCAGCAGCUUUUCUCAUACGCCAUUUUGGGCUUCGCUCUGUCCGAGGCUAUGGGUCUUUUCUGUCUCAUGAUGGCUUUCUUGUUGCUGUUCGCCUUCUAAGCCGUAAAAUCGACAUCCUCCAUAACGAUUUACCGAUAGUUUUAGUGCGUCACUGCCAAGGCAGCGUACAUUCUCGCUUGAAAAAAUAGUAAGAAUGCUGCUGUCUGUGGUCCACGGGAGCCCAUGAAAUUAUUAAAGAUGCCGUUGUGAAUUUUUACCUCAAAUAACUAAGAAUCAAUAGUCAAUGACCUCAUUGACCUGACGAAAUUGGUUCGUUCGGGACUCGAGAUGGUCCAGCUGAUGUGUUAUUUCUUCUCAUUUAACGCAUUGAGAACAUCAAAACGAGGCUGUAACACACUGAAUUUAAUAAAUGAUAAAAAAUAACAUCGAUGCCACCAUCAUUGACGAUUUAUUUAAAAUCAUAAUGUUGCCGUCACGUUCACCGCUCCAACCACUUCCGAGCCUCACAAGCUCGUAAUCAUUUCAUGGCCUACCGAAUGAAUGAAAAGAAAAAAUCAUGUAGCGUAACUCACGAUUGUUAUUAAAGUAAAACAAAAAAAUUAAACAACAUGAAAACUGAAUUGUCAUUGUAUUGAGAGAAUCGAAAAUAGGUUUAUGAAAAUUGUUCUGUAAUGUAACAGUAAUCAAUUUUAAAGACAGCCUCACUACUAUUAUUAGCCCAUACAAAUACCAAAGUUUAUCAGAAGUAUCGAAGCAAUACUAAUAUUCUCAUGUAUCGGCACCGAUUCCACCUUGGAUGAAUUUUUUUUUUUUGAGAUCAAAUGAAACUUCUCGCGGUUUUGUUACUCGAAAAGACUCAUUGUUGAAAAACUUGCCCGUGCGCACGAUUAUUCUCUACGGUAACUCUUUGCGAGGAAUCUGUACAGUGAUUAUCGAAUAAAUAUUCAUGUCGUGAAA